UUUUGAGGUUUAUUAUUGACUUUGUUUAAUUGUUCUUAAAAACUAAUUGGCCAAAAAGAGCACAAAUAGGAUCUCCAUGUGUGAAAUGAAGCUCACUUUAUGAUAUUUGUUUGGGAUAAAAACCGGAUUUACUUUUGAAUUCAAUAGUAUGUUUUCUAGGGAUAACUGAGCUAUACUCAUGGUAUAAAUGGAUGUUUGACUCAUGGCUAAACUGAAUAGAUCUAUUGGUAAAACUUUCAGAACAAAAAUAACAAAUGAUAAUUAAAAAUGCAAAAAUGAUGUGAACAAUGUGCAGUACUUGCCUAUAACCAUAGAUGUGGGUACAAAAAAGAGCAACCGGACAGGAAUAUGCAGAACUUAUGAAUGAAUUUAUGUCUGCUGUGAAGCAAAACUAUGGGGAGAAGGUGCUUAUUCAGUUUGAGGAUUUUGCUAACCACAAUGCGUUUGAUCUUCUUGCAAAGUAUAGUCCCACCCAUCUUGUUUUCAAUGAUGACAUACAGGGGACAGCAUCGGUAGUACUUGCAGGGCUUAUAUCUGCACUAAAAUUAGUUGGUGAAUCCUUAGCUGACCAUAGAUUUCUUUUCCUUGGAGCUGGUGAGGCGGGCACUGGCAUUGCUGAACUCAUAGCUCUUGAGAUAUCAAAACAGACGCGGGCCCCACUGGAAGAGGCUCGUAAGAAGAUUUGGCUUGUGGAUUCCAAGGGGAGGAUAGUUAAAUCCCAGUUAAAUUCACUUCAACAUUGGCUUGUGGAUUUCCAAUAAGAAUAAUAAACAAGUGAUUUUGCAGAAACCGAUUAUUCUUGCUCUUUCAAACCCGACUUCGAAAUCUGAAUGUACUACUGAACAAGCUUAUACUUGGAGUGAGGGUUGUGCCAUAUUCGCUAGUGGGAGCCAGUUUGGCCCAGUUGAAUAUAACUGGAAAGUUUACGUAUCAGGACAGUCAAACAAUGCAUACAUUUUCCCUGGAUUGGGCUUGGGCUUGAUAAUUUCUGGUGCGAUUCGUGUUCAUGACGACAUGCUUUUAGCAGCCUGUAUCGGAAGCACUUGCUGCACAAAUCACACUAGAGCAUAUUGAGAAAGGACUAAUAUACCCUCCGUUCACUAAUAUUCGAAA